ACACAGGGCCGCGAGGAGGCUGCCGCGAUGCUGCCGUCUUUGCAGGAAUCGCUGGAUGGGGAUGAAAAGGAGCUGGAGAGCAGCGAGGAGGGCGGCUCUGCGGAGGAGCGGAGACUCGAGCCGCCACCCAGCAGACACUAUUGCCUGUACAGCUACUGCGGAAGCAGACUGACACAGCAUCGAGGGGAUAGUGAUGAUGGACGUUCAAGUGGCCUAAAUGCAGAAACUCCCUCUGGUGAUGAUUUCAGCCUCUCCUUGGUGGAUACUAAUCUACCUUCGGAAGUGGAGCCAGAGCUGCGCGGUUUUAUUGCUAAGCGUCUUUCCAAGGGAGCGUUCUUUGAAGGGCUGGGUAAUGUUGCAUCUGUAGAGCUGAGAAUUCCAGGUUACCGCGUUGGUUGUUAUUACUGCCUUUUCCAACAGGAAAAACUGCUUCCUGAAAUAGCAGCAGUGGAGCCUGAAUAUAACCCUUCCGAGUAUGUGGUCUGCUUCUUAGGAGGGUCUGAGAAAGGACUGGAGCUUUUCAGGCUUGAAUUGGACAAGUAUAUCCAAGGGCUGAAAAACCACAUGGAUUGUGAGGAAAAGAGCCUGGGGAAUGAUGUAAAAUCCUAUCUGAACAGCUGGUAUGAGGAUGUGGUGUGUCCGAUCCAAAGGGUAGUUCUUCUCUUUCAGGAGAAACUGACCUUUCUGCUACAUGCCGCUCUAAGCUAUACUCCUGUUGAGCUUAAAGAAUCCGAUGAAAAAACAAAGACAGACAUUAACAGGUUUCUGAGUGUGGCCAGUCUCCAGGGACUGAUUCACGAAGGCACCAUGACGUCUUUGUGCAUGGCCAUGACAGAGGAGCAGCAUAAGUCUGUGAUCAUCGACUGUAGUGGCCCCCAGCCUCAGUUCCACAAUGCAGGAAGCAACCGUUUCUGUGAAGACUGGAUGCAGGCUUUCUUACAUGGUGCUGAAGCGGGUAACCCUUUUCUUUUCAGACAAGUCCUGGAGAACUUUAAACUAAAGGCCAUCCAAGACACAAACAAUUUGAAGAGAUUUAUCCGACAGGCAGAGAUGAAUCAUUAUGCUUUGUUUAAAUGUUACAUGUUCCUUAAGAACUGUGGCAGUGGAGAUAUUCUUUUGAAGAUUGUUAAAGUGGAACAUGAAGAAAUGCCCGAAGCCAAAAGUGUGGUGGCAGUCCUGGAAGAGUUCAUGAGAGAAGCCCUAGACUGAGGUUUGGGUCAUGACAUGUACUGAGGCUGCGUGUGUGGAACUAGCUGUCAUUGUUUAUAGGAUUGCGCUGCCCCUAAGAUGGCUGGAAACACCCAGGUUCUUUCUUCCUUUUGUACUUUUUUGUUUAACUUAAUUAAACACAAAAAUCCACGGAUUAUCUUCACAGAGUCCUAGGCAGAUAGUAUGUAUUGCAAUUGUGGAGUUUUGCUACAUUGCUAGUCUCAUAAAUUUUAAGCUUCAAACAUGUGCUGCCUAAAAAGCUCUGGAGGUGAUUUUUGGCUUCUCAGGAGCUUCCUGGAAUAUUUAGCAGGUUUUUCUCUUCCAAAAAAAAAGGACCUCUUUCUCAAUAGACUGUAGAAUUUUUUGAACUAUAUGAUCCCAGUAAGAUGUGAUGACACAUGCCUGUAAUCCCAGCUACUCAGGAGAUUGAGGCAAGAAGUUUCUGUAGCUAGAGUUUUCCUGGUCCUGCCUGGCCCAGGGUCAGGACAAAUCUCUCUCACUCGCCAGUCCCGUAGCCGCUCAGACCCAACCAAGUAAACACACAGAGACUUAUAUUGCUUACAAACUGUAUGGCUGUGGCAGGCUUCUUGUUAACUAGUUCUUCUAUCUUAAAUUAACCCAUUUCUAUUAAUCUAUAAGUUACCAGUAUCUUAACAUGUUGCUUCUCAUCACAGCGGCUGGCAGCGUCUCUCUGCCUCAGCCUUCCACUUCCCAGAAUUCUCCUCUCUCCUUGUCCCACCUAUACUUCCUGCCUGGCUACUGGCCAAUCAGUGUUUUAUUUAUUAACCAAUCAGAGCAACACAUUUAACACACAGAACAUCCCACAGCAGGUUUCAAGUUCCAGGCCAGCCUGAGCUACAAAAUGAGUUUGUGUCCAGCUUGGACUACAUAGCAGUCAUCAUCAUACUGGUCUUACUAGCACUCCCAUGCUGUGUCAAAGACAGAUCUGUUUAUCCUGUGGGUGCCUGAUACAGACUGAUCGUUGGCAUGAAUUAUGAAACCACUUUUUUAAAGCCAACAUGAAAAUAAAUCAUGAGUGUAUAAGAGUUUAAAAAUGAGCCAGGCAGUGAUGGCACACGCCUUUUAUCACAGUACUCAGGAGGCAGAGGCAGGCAGAUCUCUGUAGCAUCAGGCACACAUGUAAUUUACAGACCUACAUGCAGGUAAAACACACACAUAAAAUUAUCUAAAGACCCAAAAAAAAAAAGAGAAAUGGAUGUACUAGCUUCAAUAUGAAAGUCUCUCGGAUGAAAAGCUGUUGUAGAAGUGGCCACAUCAUUUACAGGUAGUUAUUUGCCAGGAACCUGUAUUUUCUUCCUUUUUUAUUUAUUUAUUUUUUUUAAAGAUGAAAAUGCAGGGGUUCUUAAACAGUAUUAAGGAAAAACAAAACAAAACAGUAAACAUAAUAAAUAUCCUUUACAAGCAAAUAUAAGAAUGUAAACUGGCUGGGCGGUGGUGGCGCACGCCUUUAAUCCCAGCACUUGGGAGGCAGAGCUAGGAGGAUCUCUGUGAGUUUGAGGCCAGCCUGGGCUACAGAGUGAGUUCCAGGACAGGCACCAAAACUACACAGAGAAACCCUGUCUCAAAAAACCAAAAAAAAAAAGAAAGUAACCUGGAAGCCAGAGAAGGUCGGAGCUCUGUGAGUUCAGGGCCAGCCUGAUUUCCUGAUUUAAUAGCAAGUUUCAGGUCAGUCAGGGCUACAUAGUGAGACUCUGUCUCAAUAAAUAAGUAAUAUUUUAAAAAUUUUAAAAAUGCAAACAAAUUCUUCCUAUCACAAUUGCUCAUUGAUUUUAGUUUGGACCUGUGUAACAAGCCUUGGAUUGUUUUACCCUGAAUCAAUUGUAAGUGCCCUUGGGUGGCCCUUUCUAAUUCCCAUGGAUGCCAGCUGCAUCCACACCCAUGGCUGUUCUGCAUAGCUCUUUAAUAAAUCCAUUUGAUAAUGACUUUGGUUUAGAAAAUCAGAAGCCUUGUGCUCUCACUGCCUUCAGGAUGCUCAGAGGAGCAGAAGCCUGUAAAACUGCGGAACUCUUAACUGCUAAGAGCUGAGUUCUAACUUUCAGAGUGAUUGAGAGUGGCCUUCUGCCUUCUCUCCCUAAGUCAGUCCAGGAACAUGACUCACCACGCCCUUUCUUUUCCUUUAAUGAGAAAUACAAUUCAGGAUCUUCAUAAAUGCUUUCACAUGCUUUAAAGUUUAAUAACUUGAAUUAUAGGCAGUAUAGAAAAGAAUCGAAGUAGCAUUUUGAUAGCCUUCUGACGGUAGUCAGCAGCUCUGCAGCACUUCUCUGGAAUCUUUUCCUAAUGCACUUGGCCAUGUUGAAAUCAUUUUGUAAUGAGCAACAUUAGGACAUCAACGUCUUGAAUCUGUAAAACAAAAAUCUUCAUUUUCAAAUUCACAAUCAAGAGUCUGUGGCAAAUGGCAUUUAGAAAAUAAAUGUAGUGGCCAGGGCACUGUCUCAUCGUAAAGAACUUGCCAUGCCAACAUGAGGACCUGAGUUUGAUCUUGAGGACCUCCAUAGAACGUCCAGUGUGGUAGCAUGUGCUUGUAACCCUAGCGCUGAUGAGGCAGGGCAGUCCUGCCGGCCAGCCUAGCUGACUUGUGAGCUUCAGGCCACUUAGAGACUUUAUUGGAAAGCAAACAAAAAAUGAGCUGGAGGGAUAACUCAGUGGAUAAAGGCCCUUGCCGCCAAGGCUGAUGGCCUGAGAGCUAUCUCCAGGAUCCAUGUCCCGGUGGAAAGAGAGAACCCACUCCUGCAAACUGCUCUCUGAUCUCUACACAUGCAUCCCUCAGAAUGAGCCAGUUAACAAACAGGAGAACAAAAAGGUAGAUAACUCCUGAGGAUUGAUGUCCCAGGAUUGACCUCUGACCUUCAUCAAAAAUAAUAAAAAUAAAAGUGAAUGUUUCACCCAAAAUAAUAAUAAAAAUAAAAGCAAAAUGCAUUAAAUCACUUGUGGAUAUAGGCAAAGUAUAACUCUGUUUAUUUGUAGGUACUUUCUUUGCAAUGUAUAUAGUAGUCUUAUGUUUAAAAAGAAGUCUGUGAUCAAUUCUGUACCGCUAUUAAAGACAAGGAGAAAGAUGUCAUGGAAUUGAUUAUAUUGUUGGUCCUGAGAAGAAACAGCUCAUGACCCGAAACCUGUACUGUAUUCAAAGUUUAAUAAGUGAGUGUAUUACAUUUUAAAGGUUUAAAAGUGAUGUCCAGACAUGGAAUAAACUUGUGCUUGUGUGCAACACACAGGAAAUAUCUGCUUGUCUUGUACCAAAAAUGUAACUAUAUUUGUUAUAAUAAUAAAGCACAGCUUCUAAUCAAGGCAGA